GUUUUUUCAUCUCUCUGCCUGCUGAACAGUGAGACUUUCCUUCUUAUCUCAGCCACAGACAGAAUAUCAUCUAAAUAUGUUUGACACAUGGAUUUUAUUGUCUACUCUCCUGUUAGGUGCAAGGGCAUUCAUGAUCCACAACACCCAGCACAGCCUGUGUCUGGAAGACUCAGCUGCUACAGGUGAAGUCUUGCUGAAGACAUGCAACCUGGACAGGGAAUCUCAGCAGUGGCUCUGGAUCAAUGAGGCCAUGUUGAUGUGUACUGCAUCAUACAGAUGUUUGUCAGCCGUGCAGAGAGCGCCUCUCCAGACAGAGGACUGCCUGGAACCAAUCAUGGAUGCUACAUGGUUAAUGUGGGACUGUGAUAGGAACAGACUGAUCAGCAGGAACACAUCAAUGCUGCUGUCAGUAGAUAGUGGGCGUCUGAUUCUCACACAUGACAACAAGCAAUCAAAGUGGAGAUCUUUGAAUGAGGGGGACAUCUGCCAGGAAAAACUCAGAUCCAGGAGGUCAUCUGAGUUAGACGAGUUUGAUGCUGCAGAGGAGCAGACAGGCAAGCUAGCCAUGACAGAGGAACAGAGAGAGUAUCUACGCUGGUACUAUCGCACAGAGGAUCCUAGUAUGUGGAGGUUUGUGCUGCUGGGACUGGCCUUUAUCUGCCUCCUUGUUGGCUUUAUGCUGUUGGGCAUGGGAUCCAUGGCCAACAAGAACAGAAAGGAGAUUCCAAAGUACAGAGCAGCAGCUGCUGUGGCUCAGAAGCAUGAAGGUGCGGAGCUGCUGGUCAUUUCACCACACAGGGAUGACAGCAACAGCCUGCUGCAGGGAUGCAAACCCUCCCCAUCCAACGGGGAGGUGAGUGAGCUCAAAGCAGGAAACAUAGUGGUCACAUGGAAAGAUGGCAACACCUCCUAUUUGUACUCAGAUCCUGGAGCAGAGAAGGAGAAACAGGAAGAGGUGUCAGCUGCUGAGCCUGAGGCUGAUGAGGCAGUGAAGAUGGAGUGAAGACUUCAGAUUACAAAUACAUUGUCUCAAAUACAAUCUCAACCUGUGACCAUGCUCCACUAGAGUAGUUUAUAAAGAAUUGACCUAACAGCUUCCAUUGCAUGCAGUUUAACUCUUCCCCAUUUUAAAAGAUGAAUUAAUCCAUGCAUACCGUAUGUCCAAAUUCACUGUGUGGAUCUAAAGAUCAGUCCAUUAGUUUGAAAAAUUAUGUGAACACUGCUUUGGCUAAAAAGUGAAAACUUUAUAAAAUGUAAAAUUUCUUUUAAAAACAUAUAAAAGCUCUUGAUAUAAUAAUAUAUAUCUGAUUCUACAACUUCUAAUACUCCGAGAAAUAGUUGGGACAUACACUUUUAUAUGCUUUCUUUCAGAGAGAUUAGAAAAUUAUAUUUCUGAGUAAUGGAAAGACUGGAAACAGGGGGAAAGCAAUUAACACAUUGUACUUUAUUUGUUUGAACUGUACACAAAAAUAAAUUUAAGUGAGGUUCUGGUGUGAUGACCUAAA